GUCAGUCGGGGCGGCGGAGCCGUGCGGAGCGGGUGCUCCGCGUUUGGGGACUCUCUGUGGGCACCAGCGCCACGACCGGCACCGCCGCCGGCCCCGCGGCCGCCACCGGCCCCGCGGCCGCCAUGGAGGCGCCUCCCGCGCCCCCGUCCGCGCCGCCCGCGCCCUGCAGCGCCGCGCGGAGCCUGCAGGACGAACUGACGUGCCCGGUGUGCCUGGAGUACUUCAACGACCCGGUGCUGGUGGCCGAGUGCGGGCACAACUUCUGCCGCGCCUGCGUGACCCAGUGCUGGGAGGACUCGGCGCGACGCCUGUGCUGCCCGCAGUGCCGCGAGCCGGUGCCGCAGCGCCUCUUCCGCCCCAACCGCUCCCUCGGCAACAUCGUGCACAUCGUCCGCCAGCUGGGGCUGCCACCGGGCCCCGCCGAGCCGCCGCCGGGGCCGCCCGCGCCCGCGCCGCCGCUGCCCGCCGCCGCCGCUCCGGCCGGGCCGCCGGGCCCGCCGCGCUGCCCGCGGCACGGGGAGCCGCUGCGGCUGUACUGCGUGCAGGACCGGCGGGCCGUGUGUGUGGUGUGUCACCUGUCCCGAGAGCACCGAGCCCACACGGUGCUGCCCGCCGAGGAGGCGGCCCACGCCGCGGAGGAGGUGCCCCAGGAGCACCUGAGCUCCCUGAGGAAAGGGCGUGAGGAGGCCAAGGCUGAGCGGGAGAGGCAGAGUGAGGAGCUGCUGAAACAGACGGAGGUGGAGAGGCAGAAGAUCGUGGCCGAGUGCAAGGAGCUGCGGGCGUUCCUGGAGGAGAAGGAGCAGCUGCUGCUCUCCAGGCUGGAGGAGCUGGAGAGGGACAUCGGGCGCCGCAGGGACGAGAGCGUGGCGCGCCUGGCCGAGGACAUUGCGCAGCUGGACAAGCUCCUUGCAGAGCAGGGCGGGGACGGUGGCACGGGGAGCACACCUGGCGAGGGCGUCGUCCCAGCUGGUAGCAGCCUGGAGAGCUGGAUGUUCCUCAAGCCUGAGCCCGGCUUUUCCGAGCUGGAGAAGAAGCUGAAGAGUUUUUCCCAGAAGAGCGCGGUGCUCAAGGAAGUGCUGCUGGAAUUCAAGGAAAAUCUGCGCUUUGAGCUGGAGAACGACACAGGCGAGCUCUCCCUGGACCCCGACACGGCCAACCCCUACCUGGUGCUGUCGGAGGACAAGCGCAGCGUGCGCCUGCGCGGGGCCCCCCAGGAGCUGCCGGCGCACCCCAAGCGCUUCGACUACGCCUUCUGCGUCCUGGCCUCCGAGGGCUUCUCUGCCGGCCGCCACUACUGGGAGGUGGAGGUGGGCGACGGGGAGAGCUGGGUGCUGGGCGCCGCCCGCGAGUCCGUGCGCCGCAAGGAGAAGGUCGACUUCGCCCCCGAGGAGGGCAUCUGGGCGGUGGGGCUCAACUGGAAGGGCAAGAAUUGGGAUCAGUACCAGGCGUUCACCUCUCCCGAGACGCCGCUGUCGCUGUGCGAGCGGCCGCGCAAGAUCGGGGUGUACCUGGACUACGAGGGAGGGUGGGUGGCGUUCUACAACGCCGACAACAUGGCCCCCAUCUUCACCUUCACCGCCGCCUUCUCCGAGAGGAUCUUCCCGUUCUUCUGGCUCUUCUACGUGGGCUCCUCGCUGUCCCUCUGCAACUGAGCCCCCGCCCCGCUCGCUGGUGGUGUUCCCCCCUCUCUCUCUCCCCCUUGCCAUCCUUAGGUUUUCCUUUGCUUCUGAGCAAAACACCCCAAAUCCCACCCCUGGAUUUUUUUUUUUCCUGUUGCAGUUCAAAGUUUUUGAGUCUUUUUACCCUCAGAAAUCUUCCUCGGGGGCGUUGGUUGGUGAGGGGGCUCCUUGAGCACCCCUUCCCCAUUGCUGGUUAAACACCCCCUGUAGAGUUCAUUUUGUGUUCUUUCUUUGGAGUUGGAGCCUUCUCCGAGAGGAUCUUCCCGCUCUUCUGGCUCUUCUACGCGGGCUCCUCGCUGUCCCUCUGCAACUGAGCCCCUGCCCCGCUCGCUGGUGGUGUCCCCCCUCUCUCUCCCCCUUGCCAUCCUUAGGUUUUCCUUUGCUUCCCAAAUCCCACUCUUGGCUGUUCAGGGGGGAUUUUUUUUUUUCCUGUUGCAGUUCAAAGUUUUUGAGUCUUUUUACCCUCAAAAAUCUUCCUCAGGGGUGUUGGUUGGUGAGAGGGCUACUUGAGCACCCUCUCUCCGUUGCUGUUAAACACCCCCUGUAGAGUUCAUUUUGUGUUUUGUUGCUGGUUAAACACCCCUGUAGAGUUCA